GCGACAUACCCUGCCUCAAGAAAACGCAGAAUACUGGUGCUAAAGGGACAUUCAGUCGUAGGCGAUGGAUAACGGACUGUAGCGGGCCGUGGUAUCCUAGACGGAAGGCAAUAGGUGGAGUUUGGGUCAGCUCGUGCGAGGAACGAGUGUAGCAUGACGUCGCAAAGCCUCUGGAUCUUAGAAAGCCGAUUUCGUAAAAAGUUCUUUCACGCUUCGACGCACUUCGCCACAGGACCAAACGCUACUGCCCCACGGACACGGUCGGCGCGGGAGGCAACUUAAUUCUGUAUCGCGGGGAGCAACCGGUUUCGCAUUUGAAUGAAUCAGCCCGGCAACCUCAUAACUUGGCCUAUGAAAAAGAAGAAUGUGCAGUUCAGACUACCCCCUGGCGGACGUGUCUUACGUCCCGUACGCGAUGAUGUCAUCUGGUCUGACAAUCGUUGCUGCUCGCCUGACUCCACUAUGUCCGACAGCAAGGAUUCUAAUGCUGCGUCAGACGCGUCAACCGUUCGAGAUGCCAGUGACUCACAGACCAGCAGAACGGAAAGGAGCAGUUCAACAAAGAGCGACGAUGUCGGCUGGUGGUCCCGUGGUGACUUCGGCUCCGCCAGGCACUCUCCGUUCCUGGAGCGACCUCUCAGUCAGCUUCAAGCGGUCAACAGACAGCUCGAACUCAAGAUAAUGCGGUGCGAAAAUCAGCUGCGUUCCUUUCGACAAGCUUGCACCGCGGCUGAGUGCACCCUCCGGGAUGAGAGGGCCCUCCACGCGAGCACUCGGCAAGAAUUAAGCCGGGUUAAGGACAGGCUCAAGUACUACACGGCUGCACGAGGAAGCCGCAGGAUGCGAAACAGCUCCAAGCCAGCUAGCAAAGCAGAGCGGGCCAAGACGAUCCGAGACGUGGGUGUGCAAGCCAACACCGUCGAUGCGACUGUAGGUAUCAUCAGCCGCCCGCUACACAGCCUCAUUAAUGAAAAGGAAACAGCCAUGGCCGUCCUUACUCGGGAGGUGAAGUUACUACAGGAAGACAGGUUAAGUGAUAUGCAGCACGCGAUGCAGGCGCAGCAGGAUCUGCAAGAGCAACUAGACAGGUUACGGCUCGAGAAGGACCAGCUACUUGACAGCUACAACACUGAAAGGACCCUCCGAAAAAAGUAUUUCCAAAUGGUGCAAGAGAUGAAAGGACAAAUCCGAGUAUACUGCAGGGUUAAACCUUUGACGGAGAACGACAUCAACAAGCAAGUGUCUAGCGCCGUCGUGCAGACAGACGACUAUACCUUGCUCGUGCAGACGCCACGUGGAGACAAGGAGUUUACCUUCGACCGAGUCUUCAUGCCCAGCCACACACAGAACGAUGUCUUCAGAGAAACUCACAGCUUGGUGGAGUGUGCCAUAGACGGAUACAAUGUGUGCAUCUUUGCAUACGGCCAAACCGGCUCUGGAAAGACGUAUACUUUACUGGGAGAGGACGGCAUCGUCCGCCGAGCCUUUCAUCGAAUUUUUCAACUGGUAGAGGAAAACAAGACAAAACAGGAAAUAAAGGUAGCAGCUACCUUUCUGGAACUUUACAACGACCGGUUGAUAGACCUGCUGAAUCCCAAAGGAUGCUUAGAGGAAAAACUGGAGAUCCGUCGUGACGCUAGUGGACAAACCCUGGUUCCUGGAGCCACCGUGGAAGCCGUUGAGAGCGCCGAUCACCUCGAGAAUUGCUUGUGUCGCGCCGAACGUAACCGACACGUGGCCGCUACACAAAUGAACGGCCACAGCUCCAGGUCGCACUUCGUGACCACCAUUCUGUUGACGUGCACCAACCACUUCAGUGGGUCCGUGCUCCGUGGAAAACUUAGUCUCGUGGACCUGGCAGGCAGCGAGCGCGGUAGCAAGAGUGGACGGGACCACGUCAAGGAGGCCAACAGCAUCAACAAGUCCUUGACUGCACUGGGUGAUGUCAUCCAGGCGUUGUGCUGCCGUCAACCACACGUGCCUUAUCGCAACCAUAAGCUGACCAUGCUCAUGCAGGAUUCUCUCGGUGGCACAGCGAAGACGCUCAUGUUUGUCAACGUCUCAUCCGCAGCUGAUAACGUCGACGAAACAAUCAACUCCCUCCUGUACGCCACUCGAGUUCGCCAGAUCACCAACCAGGUUACAAGAGCAGCAGAAACCAAGGAGAUUGCCAAACUGAAAUCAGUGAUCGCAAAACUGAAGCAAGAAAUAGGAACAUCUUGAACACGCUAUUACAGCAUCCCUUGGGCUGACGGGACGCGUAUUGCCAUCUACGUAUUUAUAUUUUUAGUAAAUGAUAAUGAAUGAAUGUA